UUUCCUAUAUAGUACAUACCAAAAUUUGUGACCAUUUCAUUUGUUGAAUAUUGUACCUCAGGACAAAAUCACACCCCAUCCUCCAAGGGAAGAGAUUCUCAACGUGGAGGGGGCAGGAGACACGGAGAACAGAGUGGCAAAAGCACAGAAAAGUCCACAGGCCCGUUGCAUUGACCACAGUGAGUCACUCUGGGCAGUUCAACUGGCUAGGUCUGUCAACUCAGCAAGAGGGAACCAGCCGUUUACGCUCACGCUCAGAAUUCUGAUUUCACUUUUAGUCUACUUAGAGCAGCUCAACCCCUAUGGUUCGAGCAGAUUAUACUGUUUUCAUCCCAAGAACCUUUCUAGGAACCCCAAAUGUUGUUCCUAUUUGGUGGGUUUGCUAAGCAGUAACUGGGAGGGACGAAGAUUGGGCGGAGAGUCCGAGCCCUGCCCUCGCGGGACUCUGGUAUUUUGGGACCUAAGACUUUAAGAUCUGCCCCCUCAGUGGUCUGAAAAGGCGGGUCAAUAAGCCGAGCUGCCACCUCCUCUGGCUACCGGCUGGCUCUCAUGUGUGUCCCGCUGUUCAAUAACAGCUCUUCUUCCGGGACUUCCUGGUCGCCAUGACCAAUCAAAGUGUUCUUCCUGUCCUUAUCAUUGUCAGCCUGCUGCCAAUCGGCUCGUCUCUACCAACGCCCCUUAAAGGUGCCGCCACUGCCCCCGGAGCGCCCGGGAACCAAUUCCUGGGUUUUGGCCCCCACCUGCAGUAUGGAGUCGUCUUGGGGGCGGCCUCGGCCCGAGGUCAACCUUCUGGUUCCAGCGGAACAGCAGGCCGCGAUCUUCGGCAGCGGGCCAGGCCGAACGCCCUCCGAGCCUCCCUCAGGCCUCCAGGUGUCCGGAGAGGAAAAGGCCGAGAACGUUGGGGGCGCGAGCCGCCACCCCAGGGCGUCCCUGAAGACUUGGAGCUGCGGGGUCGUCCACCGGCAGGAACAGGACUCUCGAGAGGACAAGGCUGGGCCCCAAGGGACGCGGUCUGAGGCUGGGAGCCACCGAGGGGCUCCAAGCACAGAGCACGGCCCGCCCCUGUCCUCCCGGCACAAGGACCCUGAGCCGCCCGGAAACAAGCCUGCAUCCGAGAGGGUCUGCCGUCUAGGGAGCCCGAGAAGCGGCGGGAUGAAUGUUGAGCAGCAGCAGGAAGAGGAAGACAACGAUGAGGAGGCGGACAGGGCUGGGCGCUCGUUCUCUAGUCGCCUUCAGGACAGCCGCAGCCUGGAUGGGUUGAGCGGGGCGUGUGGUGGCGCGGGUUCUGCAGAGUCCGGAGCCGGCGGCGGACGCCGGGCCACCAUCUCCAGCCCCCUGGAGCUUGAGGGCACAGUGAGUCGCCACGGAGACCUCACCCACUUUGUCGCCAACAACCUGCAACUCAAGAUCCGUCUGAGCGGCGUCCCUCCACCCCUGCCCCCUGCCCCUGUGAGGCCCUGCCCAACUCCUGCACCCACACCCACACCCACACCAGUCAUCCCGCCCAUCGACCCCGACGUGCUGCGGGAUCUGGAGCGGCUGAGUCGGGAGCUGGGUGGCCGGGUGGACCGUCUACUUCGCGGAUUGGGCGGCGCGGUGCAGGAGCUGACAGCGCUAAGCGUGGGCUGCAUUCAAACCUACCGCGACGCCGUGGACUCCUUAGGUGAAGCCGUGGAUAUGAGCAUCAAGGGCAUGUACACCCUGCUGGCGCGCUGCGAGGAGCUGGAGCGGGCUUUGCAGCCGGUUCAGGGACUGGCGCGCCAAGUCCGGGAUAUCCGACGCACUCUGGAGGUGUUGGAGGCCCUAUGCAAGUGACCGGAGGGCAGGAGAUGUCGGGCCUGGCGAGGGCAGGGCCCAGUAGGGUCCUAAGGACUCUUCAAGGAGCCCUGGUGGGAACUGUUGGCUGAAGGAGGCCUAUAUGUUGGAGGCUCUUCCAGAUCCAUUUAGCUGGCAGGUGCCCAUCCCCUGGGCUCUAGUCAGGUGUAUAUCGGGAAGUCCUAAGGGCUCUCCUGAUGGGAAGGGGUGUUGCUCUGCUUCUAUUCAGUUGGCCAUCUGCAGCUACCCUGUUCUUUCCAACUUUUCUCUUUAGCUAGAGCACCACCCCUGGGAACACAGAGCUUUAGGUCUUGGCUUGAAGGUGAGGACCUGAUUCCUGUAUGUGAUCAAGAGAAGGGAGCAGAAGAGGGCCCAGCCCCCACUGUGGCCAUCCUGACUCCAAAGGCUGUAUCUCAGGUGCCAGGGGCUGGGGGAGUUUGAGUGGUCCUUGGCCAUCACCAUCCAGGCAAGGAUGCACACCUGCACAUGGAUAACCUCCUGCUUCUGCCCUCUGGCUUCUACCAUACCACUUCCCCAACCAGGUGGAGCUGGGAGGCAUGCAUUGCAUGGUGGAGGGAGUGAGGUGGGAGGUGUCUCACUGCUCUCAGGGUUCAGGUAGAAUUGUUGCUGAUUUUGAAGCCCACCUGUUGUGGAGUGUUCUAAUCAGUUUUGGCUUUCUGAGUUUUUGUGGAAUUAAAGUGCUGCUGCUGCUAAGGCUGAGGCUG